GCGAAACAGGAAUGCUCACGUACGACCGCAGUUGGAUUUUCCGUCCCUCAUCUGCAGCAGCGGCAGCUUCCACGAGCAGAUUUGACACGAUGAAAUUCUUCGCAUUUUUCAAUCUUCUUAUACUUUUCGGCGUUGGGAGGGCCCUGCGCUGCUUCGACUGUUCAGAUGAGUACCACUGCCAAUGGACUUCCACCCAAACGGAAUGUAAACUUCCACCGGAUACGGUCUUCAAGCCCAGUUUUGAAUGGUACUGCGGCACCGUCCGCGACGAAAAGGGAAAAGGUAAACUCUUGGAGGCAGGAUGCUUUCCGUGGCACACGAAGGAAUGCCUGGAUUCGGAAGACGAAGUCGAAAUGGGAGUCACUGAUCCCAUGGCUAACGACUUGGAACUCUGCCUCUGCGAUACGGACCUGUGCAACGACGGAUGGGAGCUCUCCCCUUCUCAACUCCUCGUUCUCUUCCUCCUUUUAGUUUCUUUUAAACACCUUCAUUUCUCCUGAGGCACGUUUCAGAAUAUAUCCACUAUGGCAGAAGAUUUUUCCGCCGUGCGCAUCGACUAUUCGAUUGGAAUAAAACGAAUAUAUCGAAA